CCCGAAACCAACAUCGUCGUCAAUAAAAGCAGUGAAUAAAACAUUGGUGGAAAUCGCUUUAAAAAGCAACUGGGUCGAAGAUCGCAUAGAAUGUCCCAAAGCCGGCACCUUGUAUUUUCCACCCAAAGAGCAAAUCAAUUACGAAAAAAUGAAACCGGAAUCUCGACAGCCAGAUUUCAGAAUAAAUAAAUUGACCAGUUUACAGGGUAACGUGCACUCCAUCAUCCGGCACGACAGCCACGACUACUGCGGAAACUUCGCCACGACCAACGACCUCGUGUACAACCACCUGCCGAAGCCACUGUGCGGACCCAACCAGCGCCAUUACAAGAGAAGCGCGCAUCAGUUCUACCCGCAGCCGGACCUCAUGAAGUGCUUUGGUAACGUAACUGAGUGGGGGUUGAGGAAAUAUAAACAAUAUGAAUGGGCAUGCACUGAUGUCUCCGAUUACGCGUCGACCCUGUACGACGACACGUACGUGCCGCCUUUGCCCCACCAGUACCUUCAGAGAUGCGAAAGAAAAGCAAGAAAUUCGAGCUUCACAAAAAGUUUCCGAUUUAAAAUGACAAAAUCAAAACAAUGAUAACAUCAAGAAUCAUUUUCUUCACUUUUUGCAAAAAUUACUAGUCUUUACAAUAUCACAUUUUGUUCGAGAAGAGGACAGUGACGUCCAUAUAAAAAUUGUAACAAUACAAUAAUUCUUAAUGCUUUCAUAUAGCCAUCACCUGGCACCAACACGAGAUCAGCAAAUAGUCUUAACGCUAAGUUUAGUCUCAAACAUUACAACUAAUAACCACUUACACAACUAUGUGAUAAUAACUUAACAAGAUUUUUCCUUAAUAAUAACGUUGGCAGUUCAUUGGAACCUAUAGAAAAAUAUAUCAAAGAAUAAAGGCAAAAAAUUAUGAGUCAAAGAAAGUUAGAAACACAACCGACUAGCUGCAGAGACUGCAUUAUCGAGAAGUAAAGGAAUUGGCUU